AGCUAGCAAAACUUAGCGUCUCUACUCCAGCUCAUGUCAGGCAGCUCUCAACGCAUUAGCGGUGUGUCCACCAGCCAGAAUUCGCAGGUUGUUGCUGGCACUGUCCAUGGAUCUGUGUACUUUGGGAGCAGCGAAAGUGAGUGUGCUUAGCUGGUUAUGGCCUCGAAGCAGCAAGAAGCUGACUGGAAAUCUAGACUUGAACGAUGUGCUUAAAUCCCUCCCUACCGCAGAGGACGCGCCGUUCAACGCAUACCAGCGACAACAUGACGUGACCUGCCUUCCCGAUACCCGCGUUGACCUCCUUCAAGAGAUCUACAGCUGGGCUGAUAGCCGAGACGAGCGCUGCAUCUUCUGGCUGAAUGGCUUGGCCGGCACAGGGAAGUCGACGAUUACGCGCACUGUCGCUCGGAUAUAUUUUAAGCAGAAGCGCCUUGGAGCCAGCUUCUUCUUCGAGCGCGGCGGUAGAGACGUCGGUCAUGCAGGCAAGUUCGUCACGAGCAUUGCGUGGCAGCUAGCGAUCAGCAUACCGUCUCUUGGCCAACAUAUAUGCGACGCUCUCAAAGAGCGCCGCGACAUUGCGAGCCACUCUCUUCGUGAUCAGUGGCAGCAACUCGUCCUACGCCCGCUGUCGAAGCUGAACGAAAAUGGUAACCAAUCCGCGUACGUCCUUGUCGUCGAUGCACUCGAUGAGUGCGACAAUGAUAAUGACAUCCGGAUCAUCCUACAUCUCUUGGCCGAAGCUCGAUCGUUAGAGACGGUUCGAUUACGAGUCUUCCUGACGAGCCGGCCUGAAGUUCCGAUCCGAAACGGCUUCGUUCAAAUACCAGAUGGUAAACACCAGGACUUUGUACUCCACAAUAUAUCUCCAUCGAUCGUAGAUCACGAUAUCUCUGUUUACUUUAAGUACAAUCUUACUCUCAUUGGACAGGAACACUCUCUAGGUUCCUGCUGGCCAGGCGAAGAGACUAUCAAACUCCUGAUCCAGAUUGCAGGUGGAUUAUUCAUAUGGGCCGCAACUGCUUGUCGAUUCAUUCAAGAAGGCCUAUUCGCAGAAGAAAGAGUACAAACUCUGCUAGAAGGUAGCACGUCUACUACUGCACCAGAAGAGCACCUCAAUGAGCUCUACACUACUGUCCUAAAGAAGACUAUUCGUCCAGGUUACUCAGCAAAAGAGAAGGAAGAGUUGUAUGGCACUCUACGACAGAUUCUUGGAAGUAUUGCGCUUCUUUUCUCUCCACUCUCUGCCAGCUCGCUUGGCAAGCUGCUCAAUGUCACGAAGCAAAAGAUUGAUCGGAUCCUGAAGGAUCUUUAUGCGAUUCUAGACAUCCCGAAGGGUGACAUCUACCCACUCCGUCUACAUCACCCUUCGUUUCGGGACUAUCUCCUCAACAAGGCCAGGUGCAAAGACCCAGAGUUCUGGGUAGACGAGAAGCAAGCCUAUCAAGUAUUAACCGACAGCUGUAUACGGCUUAUGUCAACAUCACUUAAGCAAGAUAUCUGUUGUGUAGAUGCCCCCGGCAUGCUUGUAGCCAAUGUCGAGAGAAGCCGAGUUGAACAAAGUCUUCCUCCUGAAGUCCAGUACGCAUGUCUUUACUGGAUCCAGCAUCUCCAGAAAAGCGGUGCUCGACUUUACGACAAUGG